CGCGUUAGCUUCCGACUGAAUCGUGUCCACCACAGCAGCAAUUCCACGGCCACAGCUACCAGCAGACGUCCAGAGCCAGCUGGAAGCUCUCGACUACCCCACGAAACACCAUGUUGACGCGGAGUGCGUGAUUCGCCGUUGCACGUGCUGAGCCACAGCGCUCUUCCUGGUGAGGCGCCUCGAGCUCACCAAAGCACAUACCUGGCCCACGUGUCGCCGGCCAUGGAUGGGAGCGCAGCGUUUUCCUCGGCGUCUGCUGCCACACAACAGCUCGCUGCCAAAGCCAGCGCCUUUGCUCCCGACAGCAGCGUCGUUGUUAACUCCCCGGCCGGCACUCCCGCGUCUGCUCGGUCCAUCUUGAGUAUGCUUGGAGGCUUACUUUUGGGCAUUUUCACUGUCGUGCCGAGCAUCCUCUACUGGACUAUCUCAUUCGUGACUUACACGCUACCAACAUGGCUCUUCUCGUUCUUGUCGACCAGUCUGACCUUCACGAUGAACAUGACGACGCUCCUGCUGCUCUUGGUCGCCGUAGCCUCCACGCUGAGCUGGUUCGUGCGGUACAGGUUCAUGAACAUGUACUCUCGCCUGCCGCCCGAACCACAACGCAAAGAGCCGCAGAUCGAGAUCUUCCCAGAUUCGCAGGAGACAGACUCAAAGCCGGGCCUAGCAAAUUACUUCGAUGAGUUCCUGAGUGCUAUCAAAGUCUUCGGCUAUCUGGAGAGGCCUGUCUUCCACGAGCUCACGAGGACCAUGCAGACCAGGAAACUGAUCGCUGGCGAGACCCUUCUACUUGAGGAAGAAAAAGGCUUCUGCUUGGUGGUUGAUGGCCUCGUCCAAAUUUUUGUCAAGUCCAAUCGUGGACAAGACAGCGAGUCUGCAAGUGAGCUUGGCAUGGCAGAUGAAGAUCAAGUCGAAGAUCGAGCUGGGGAACACGGAAACUACCAAUUGCUCACUGAAGUCAAGAACGGGGCACCCAUGUCUUCUCUAUUUUCAAUUCUUGCCCUGUUUACAGAGAAUGUGAAGCUAAGGUUCGACGAAGAUGAAGCACUGAAUACCAGCGACUCGAGUGGCAACCUCAAAAGUCAACUUCGCAUGAAUCAGCAAAAUGAUCGCGGAACGCCCGAUUCAGGCACGGAAAAUGGUACGCAAUGGACGGCAGGUGGCUCGUCACGACCUGUUUCGAGGCAAAGGGCUUCCUCUACGGUCCAGCUUAGUGGUUACCCCUAUUCGUCGAGAGAUCCACCACCACUUACCUUGGACGGCAGUGGCAGCACAGAUGAUGGUCCCCAACAACGAUCCAGUCGCAGAGCAAGUUACAUUCACGCCGAGCAUCCUCGGGCCAGAAAAAGGAGAAAGGCCUCUGCUCAUCCAGAUAUUGUUGCUCGGGCUACAGUUGAUACCACAAUCGCAAUCAUUCCCGCCAGUGCUUUCCACCGGAUUACGAGGAUUUACCCCAAAGCCACAGCGCACAUUGUGCAAGUCAUCUUGACCAGAUUGCAACGUGUCACACUAGCCACAGCAAGCUCGUAUCUGGGGCUGACCAGUGAAGUGCUUCGAACCGAACGCCUGAUGGAUCGCUACACGAACUACGACUUGCCCGAUUUCCUAAGAGGCGAAGCGUUGUCAAGACUGAAAGACAAGUUUCGGAGAGACCUGGAGCGGGUAGAGCCAGAGGAUCUCACGAAAGGAAUUGCCUUGCACAACCCGCGAAUCACGCAGCGGAGGCGCGCGAGCAGCUCCUUGCAUAGAGACGUAGCGAUGCGAGCACGCAUGAGUGCUCAGAACGGUACUCUGAACUCGGCAGAAGUUGGCGGCGAGCGUGGUGGCAUGAGUGCCGGCGAUCUACUCACCAACAUUCACACACAGCGAUCGCCUGGUCGUGCUAGAGGCGAACGGGGCAGCUUCUCUCAACCUUAUUCGACCCCACGAACUAAUGGAGAUGUGGAAACAUCAGUCAAGAGUCAGGCGCGGGAGCACUUCUCUCCACGUCUGAACCCGCGCGCUACGCUACAUCGACAAGAGUCAAUAGACGAGGAUGCGAUAUUCCGUGAGUCAAUCAUGGACUGUAUGGCGAAGGCCAUUGGUCUUACCAACUCGAAAGACGGCAUCAAGAGAUCAGAGUCUGUGGCUCAAUCGCCAAGGAUGAUGUCUUUCGACAGGAGAAGCCAGAGUGCGGUUUUCAACAACAAUGCUUUCGGAUUCAUGGACCCUUAUGACGGCUCGCAAGACGAUGGUGAGUCAGUUGCUUCCGCAUCUGCUUUCAGCAUCGGCGGAUCUGCAAACAUCAUGGAAGAUCUGAGGAAUGAGGUUGAAAUUGUUUACUUUCCUCAAGGCUCAGUGUUGGUGGAGGAGGGCGAACGCAACCCUGGAAUAUACUAUGUCAUUGACGGCUUCUUGGAUGUCAGUGCUUCUGUGGAAGAAGAGGGACAUUCGAAUGUCCUUGGUACUCUCGCUCAGCCAGGUGGCCCUGAAUUGCCGAAGCUACAAGGAACAAAAUCAUCACAAUCCAACAAGAGAUCGUCUUCGGUCGGUGUUUCUGAGCAUCACAGACGCCGAAAGUCCGGCAGAGUGCACAAGAGCCUCCAUCUGAUCAAGCCCGGUGGUCUCGCUGGCUACUUAGGCACAGUGUCGUCUUAUCGAUCGUUGAUCAAUGUCACUGCUAAAACGGAUGUCUAUGUCGGAUUCCUGCCACGGAUGGCCAUUGAGAGGAUCGUAGAGCGGCAUCCGAUCGUCCUGUUGACAAUGGCAAAACGAAUGACCAGCCUGCUACCACGUCUUAUUCAGCACAUCGACUUUGCACUAGAGUGGGUGCAGGUGAACGCUGGACAGUCGAUCUACAAUCAAGGCGAGGAAAGUGACGCAAUUUACAUUGUGCUGAAUGGCCGCCUUCGCGCGAUCCAGGAAAUCGACGAUAACAAGAUGAAGGUCAUCGGUGAAUACGGCCAAGGUGAUAGUGUCGGAGAGCUGGAAGUGUUGACCGAGUCGACCAGACCAGGUACACUGCACGCGAUCCGAGAUACUGAGCUUGCGAAAUUCCCCAAGACACUCUUCAACAGUCUGGCCCAAGAGCAUCCCGGCAUCACAAUCAAAGUGUCAAAGAUCAUAGCGUCCCGCAUGCGGGCGCUGAUUGAAAACCCGAUGAACGAGCAUGAGAGCUACAACAAACUUGCUGUCGAGAGACCAAAUCUGACAACCACGUCCAAUCUUCGCACUGUAGCCGUGAUACCAUGCACGGCCGGCGUACCUGUGGUGGAGUUCAGCAACAAGCUGCAGGCUGCCUUGAAUCAAAUCGGUACGCCCAAUGGCGUUUCUGUAUUGAAUCAAGGCUCCAUCUUAAAUCACCUCGGGCGGCAUGCGUUUAGCAAGAUGGGCAAGUUGAAGCUGACGCAGUAUCUAGCCGAUCUGGAAGAGAAAUAUGGCAUAGUUAUCUAUGUCGCGGAUACCAGCGUCAAGUCGCCAUGGACACAAACUUGCAUCAGCCAAGCUGAUUGCAUCUAUCUUGUUGGUCUUGCCGAAGGGUCGCCGGCCAUUGGGGAAUAUGAGCGAUUCUUGCUCACGACCAAGACCACGGCACGCAAAGAGCUUAUCCUGCUCCACAGCGAGCGCUACUGCCCGUCCGGCACGACCAGAGCUUGGCUCCGAAACAGAUCAUGGAUCAACGGCUCUCACCAUCAUGUGCAGAUGGCUUACCGAGCUGCACCCGAACCAGUCCAUCCUCACACUGCUGGCAAGCGUUUGGGGAACGCCAUCAAGCAACGCGUACAAGUGAUCCAAGCUGAGAUUCACAAGUAUACGUCGCGGAAAGUGAGACAGACCCCUCUGUUCUCCGCUGAGACGCCUUUCAAGGGCGAUUUCCACCGCCUAGCGCGUCGGCUAUGUGGCAAGUCAGUUGGGCUCGUCCUUGGUGGAGGCGGCGCUCGUGGUCUUGCCCACGUUGGCGUGAUCCGUGCCCUGGAGGAGGCUGGUCUACCAAUCGACAUCAUCGGCGGCACCUCUAUCGGAGCUUUCGUGGGAGCCGUUUACGCCCAGGAUGCAGAUGUCGUUCCCAUGUAUGGUCGGGUCAAGAAAUUCGCAGGGAGGAUGGGAAGUAUGUGGCGAUUCGCUUUGGACGUCACGUACCCCUCAGCCUCGUAUACAACGGGACAUGAAUUCAACCGCGGCAUCUUCAAGACUUUUGGCGACAGCCAAAUCGAGGACUUCUGGUUGGAGUACUAUUGUAAUAGCACAAACAUUUCGAAGAGCAGACCGGAGAUUCACACCAGUGGGUACGUCUGGCGGUACGUGCGCGCCAGCAUGUCGCUAGCAGGAUUGCUGCCCCCGCUCUGUGAUGAAGGUGCAAUGCUGCUCGACGGAGGCUACACGGACAAUCUCACCGUUUCGCAUAUGAAGGCUCUGGGCGCAGAUCAGAUCUUUGCGGUCGAUGUUGGCUCACUCGACGAUGAUACACCUCAAGCAUACGGCGAUUCUUUGUCUGGAUUCUGGGCUUCGCUCAAUCGAUGGAACCCUUUCAGCUCAUAUCCUAAUCCGCCAACGCUCAGUGAGAUCCAAGCACGCUUGGCGUAUGUAUCCAGCGUUGAUAAUCUCGAACGUGCAAAGAACAUACCUGGCUGCAGGUACAUGCGGCCCCCAAUCGAGACGUACGGUACACUGGAUUUCGGAAAGUUCGAUGAGAUUUACCAAGUCGGCUAUCAAUUUGGGAAAAAGUUCUUAGCCGACCUCAGAGAAGAGGGUGUGCUGCCUGGCUUGGAAGCUGUGAGCGAAGAAGAGCGGAACUUGAGGAGGACGAUGGCGCCGAGAAGAGCAAGUAUUUGAGAUUAGCGACAGAGCUGAAGCUGUUUACUGGAGGAAGGCUGCUGCAACAAUACCGACGAUACCCACACAUUAUCGAUAUACAGGCAUUAUUACCGCA